GUAUAAAUUGAUAAAUACUGCGAGAUGCAAAUAAAUUUCGAAAUAUAUUUCGACACUAGUAAAUUUUUAUAAAUUUUAUUAAUUUUUAUCCUUGCAAUAAAUUUGCAAAAAAUGGCCGACGAAAAGUCCGUGGUGCAAGAAUUCAAGUUGGAUCCUGAUUGUGAAUUAAGAUUUGAAGUGGAGAGCAAGAAUGAAAAAGUUGCAUUAGAGUUAAAGAAUGGCUUGGCGGAAGUUUUUGGGACAGAAUUGGUAAAAGGAAAAAAGUAUGAGUUCACCGCUGGUGCAAAAGUCGCGGUUUAUACUUGGCAAGGUUGUACUGUUGAAUUAGUAGGAAAGACAGACGUUAGUUAUGUAGCAAAAGAAACACCUAUGGGUUUAUAUUUAAAUUGCCAUGCGGCAAUGGAACGGAUGAGAGAGACAGCAGAGAAAGAUGAUACGAGAGGUCCGAUAACAAUGGUUGUAGGUCCUUGCGAUGUAGGAAAGUCUACACUUUGUAGAAUACUACUGAACUAUGCUGUUAGAAUGGGUAGAAGACCAAUUUUUGUUGAUCUUGAUGUUGGUCAAGGACAUAUAGCAAUUCCUGGGACUGUAGGUGCUCUAUUAGUGGAACGACCAUCUAAUAUAGUAGAAGGUUUCAGCCAGCAAGCUCCACUGGUCUUUCAUUUUGGACACAAAACACCACAGGCUAAUGUAACAUUGUAUAAUUUACUUGUAACACGCUUAGCAGAGGUUUGCUCGGAUAGGUUGCAAGCAAACAAGAAGGCAAAAGCAUCAGGAAUCGUUAUAAAUACAUGUGGUUGGGUUAAAGGAGAUGGCUAUAAAUUGCUUACGCAUGCUGCACAAGCGUUUGAAGUAGAUGCAAUUUUGGUGUUGGAUCAAGAGAGACUUUAUAAUGAAUUAGUCAGAGAUAUGCCAGACUUUGUAAAGGUGGUCUUCUUGCCAAAGAGUGGUGGAGUUGUCGAAAGAAGUCAAGCACAAAGAACUGAAGCGAGAGAUCAGGGAGUUAGAGAAUACUUCUAUGGUUCAAGAACACCAUUGUAUCCACACAGUUUCGAAGUGAAGUGGAGCGAGGCAAGAUUGUACAAGAUUGGUGCACCUGUUUUACCAGCAUCUUGUAUGCCAUUGGGCAUGAAGGCAGAAGACAACCUGACAAAACUGGUAGCUGUUACACCAGGACCUAGUUUAUUGCAUCACUUGCUAUCUGUUUCCUUUGCUGAUUCUCCUGAGGAUGACGUUGUACAAACUAAUGUAGCUGGAUUUGUCUGUGUGACUAAUGUGGAUGUUGAAAGGCAGACAUUUACUGUGCUUAGCCCACAACCUAGGCCAUUGCCAAAUACAGUGCUGUUAUUAUCAGACAUACAAUUUAUGGAUAGUCAUUAGGAGAAAAACGAUGUUCUAUUAUUAAAUACUAUCUAUUAUUAAAUAUGAUAAAAAUAAAAUAGUGAAAUAAAAUUUUGUAUAAAUAUGAAAUUAUGAACUCUUAUUUAACAUUUGCUUAUAUUGCAGAAACUUGAAACUUGAAAUGUAAGAUAAAAAUGAAUUCUGUAAUAUUUUAUAUUUAUAUAUUAAUGCAUUUGUACUAAUAUUUGAGAACUGAUUAAAAAUUGCAAAAUUAAAAAGUAUUCAAAGAAA